GCCAUGGAAUGGUCAGAGGCGGCGGUGAAGGAAAGAACUCCACCAACGCGCAAGCACCACGCCGCUGUGUACCUUCCGGAGCAGCAGAAGAUGCUGGUCUUCGGGGGUUUUAGAGGAUUCGGCGGAUACUUCAACGAUCUCUGGAGCCUGGAUGUGAAG